UUCCUAUCUUCAUACAAACAAAGCUUCUGCCAUCAACUAAAACUUCCUACAAAAAUAUGGCAAUAAGUAUGGGGCACAUUCUCCGUAAGCAAGGCCUCAGAAGGUCUUCUUCAAGAACAAAUAGAGAAACUGAGACUCCUAAGGGUCACUUUGCAGUUUAUGUUGGUGAGAGUGAAAAGAAGCGUUUUGUGAUUCCAAUUUCAUACUUGAAGGAUCACUCCUUUCAAGAUUUGCUAAGUCAAGCUGAAGAAGAGUUCGGGUUUGAUCAUCCCAUGGGUGGACUCACAAUACCUUGUCAGGAGGAUACCUUCAUUGACAUCAUCUCGAGUAUGAGUAGAUCUAGAUAGAAUUUAUACAUCUUAGGUUAUAGUUAGUUAGCAGAACAACUUUGCAGAGAAAAAUAUUCUUGCACAGAGUUCUAUAUCUGUAUUCUUCUUGAGAUUGGAAUAUACAUUUUUUCAACAGCAGUAAGACUAAAACAUUUAUGUUUCUGAAUGCUUUCUAUCUGAAAUGUAAACUAAACUGCAAUAUUAGACUACCUGAAAUGAAGAAUUCUGCGGAAAUGUGGAUUUGUUGCAGAAGAAUCUUUAAU